GUGGAUAUGUCAAAAGGAAACAAGACUCUGGUGACGGAGUUUGUCCUCACAGGACUUACAGAGAGACCAUGGCUGGAGGUCCUCCUCUUCCUCAUGUUCUUAGUUAUCUACCUCACCACCAUGGUGGGCAACCUUGGACUGACAGCUCUUAUUUGGAAGGAUGCCCAUCUUCACACACCCAUGUACUUGUUCCUCGGUGGUUUAGCUUUUGCAGAUGCUUGCACUUCAACUUCUGUAACUCCCAGGAUGCUGGUCAAUUUCUUAGACAAGACUGCAAUGAUAUCCCUAGCUGAGUGCAUCACCCAAUUUUAUUUUUUUGCUUCCAGCGCCACUACGGAAUGUUUCCUACUGGUAGUUAUGGCUUAUGAUCGCUAUGUAGCCAUAUGUAAUCCCUUGCUGUAUCCAGUGGUGAUGUCCAACAGACUCUGCACUAGGUUGAUAAGCAUGGCAUAUGCUAUUGGUUUUAUGCAUCCUCUAGUUCACGUGAGCUUGUUAUUAAGAUUAACUUUCUGCAGGUCUAACAUAAUACAUUAUUUCUACUGUGAAAUUUUACAACUGUUCAAAAUUUCAUGCAAUGACCCAUCCAUUAAUGCACUAAUGAUAUUUAUUUUUGCAGCUUUUAUACAAAUAUCCACUUUAAUGACCAUUGUAAUUUCUUAUACUCGUGUGCUCUUUGACAUUCUGAAAAAAAAGUCAGAAAAGGGCAGAAGCAAAGCCUUCUCCACGUGUAGUGCCCACCUGCUGUCUGUCUCACUGUACUAUGGCACUCUCAUCUUCAUGUAUGUGCGUCCUGCAUCUGGCCUAGCUGAAGAUCAGGACAAAAUAUAUUCCCUGUUUUACACGAUUAUAAUUCCCCUUCUAAACCCAUUUAUUUACAGCUUGAGAAAUAAAGAAGUUAUCAGUGCUUUGAGAAGAGUUGCAAAGAAGUAG